UUCCUGCAGAAUAGUUCCUAAAGGCGUUUUCUAUAAAUGGAUAAUUGUAACUUCUCCUUGUUUGUUUGUUUGUUUGUUUAUUUGUUUGCUGUUGUUCCACAUACAAUACAAAUUAUCAUUUACGUUGCUGGCAGUGUCAACAAUACCUUUUAAAGUAGUGUUUAUUCCUGAGGAUUUAAACUUCUUUGCUUUUUGUGUUUUUUGCUUUUAUUUUUAACAAGGCUGAGUCCAUUCAUAUCAUGGAUACACACAUCAGGAAAACGGCGUGGUUGUUGGACACUGGUCAGUUUGGGGAAAAAAAUGGGGUGGCCACGAAAUGCCAUCUACAGGGUGAUCAUCUACCAUGGCAAGGUUUUACUGUGUCUCAUCUAGGACCAGAUAGUGGAUUAUUGGGAACACAUACCAACAAGACACAAGAUCUGCUGAGUGGACCAAUGAAGAAAAUACAGUCUCAAAUGAUGCAAACCACAGAAGAGUGGAUGAGAAACUACAGUUUAGAAUCCUUGCAAUUAACAUUAGAGUAUCUGUGUUCCAAGAAUUCAGGAAAUGGUGCUGAAGGGAUGGUGUUUACAGAGGAGACUCUUACUGAUUUUGAGUCCAGACUUUCUGAAGCCAUGGAACUUUAUCAGCAGAGAAUUCAGUGGCUCUUGGAGGACAGCAGGAAGGUGUUUGGUGUUAUAAAAGGAACCAAAGUUGGACUUCUGAUUGAUGUGUCUCACGUGAGUUAUGGACCUAGGCUACUGGAUUUUCAGAAGGACCUUUUGUGCUUAAUAGAUGAGCAGCUUUGUUACAAGAAGCAAUUGUACUGCCUCUCAUUCAGCACCGACAUUUCACCACUGUGGGAGAGUCCAAAAAACAUCAACGUUCAUGUGCUACAUGAAGUGAGACAGUGGAUACAAGAGCUGGAGCCUGGGCAAGGCUGCAAUCUGCUGAAAGCCUUAAAGAGUGUCCUUACUGUGAAAGACCUGAAUUCCCUGGUUCUCAUUGUAGGAAGCUGCCCUGAUCAGUCUUUUGAAAUACUGUGUGAUUACACUCAGCAGUGUUUGCUGGGGAGAAAGCUGCAGAUUCACACUGUCACUUAUGAUUGCAGCAAUCCUGCUUCUCUUGCAGCUCUGAAGGAUCUUGCAGAAACUGUCAAAGGCCGUUAUCAUUGCUACUCUUCAGAGGGAGAGAAUUUUGAUAGCAGUGAUCUCCAUUUGCUACUUCAGGAGUCCCUGAAGGCCAAAGACCUACUCAAAAGCAUCAAACAGACUUUUCAGAGAAGACUUGAUGGCUCAGUUAGUAGUAAAACAGCAGAUUUUUCCACAGGAUUUGCAAAUACAGCACCUUCCAGCUUCUUCCCAAAUUCUCCAAAGCUCAAAGGACCAUUAGUUAUUCAAACACCAAAUGUCCUGGCCAAAACCUCAACAGACUGGUUAAAGACCUAUGGAUUGAAAGCUCAGAAGUUAAACCUUUAUCAAGUUCUGGCUCCCAAUGCUUUCUCUCCCGUGGAAGAGUUCAUACCUAUUCUUAAAAAAAGAGUCUCAUCAACUCUACAUGAGAAAAUCAUGAUGCAGUUUGAAUGGUAUGAUGGGACUGUGAAAAAUAUCCAUGUUGACCUGCCAGUAUUGUACAACUACCAGAAACUCCUUACUAAAAUGGUAAAUAUCUACGAGAAACGAAUUGACUGGCUCUCCAUCGCUAGCAGAAGGAUAUGGGGAAGUGUCUGUGAAAGGAGGGUGGUUAUACUUGUUGAUACAUCAGUGACAAACUCGCUGUACAUCACCCAGAUCCAACAUUCCCUGCGACUUUUACUUGAGGAACAAAUGGCAAAUAAGGAUUCCUUCAAUAUUAUAGCGUUUGGGAGUGACAUUGUGCCUUGGCAGCAGGAACUGCUUCCUUCCCAUCCAGAAAACUUAGAAAAGGCUUGGAGGUGGGUGUUGAGCCUGCAGUGCAAAGGCAGUAGAAAUUUCCUGAGUGCACUCAGGAGAGCUGUAGAAGUUGACUUCAAAGACAAAGAGAAACACAAAUCCCAAGGGCUUUACCUGCUGACUACUGGAAUACCUGACCAGGAGACACACACCAUCAGUGCUUACGUGGCUGAGGUUUGCAGGGGGUUUGAUUUACAGCUCCACGUGUGUCUGUUCAGCGUUGGGAAGGACCUUGGCUCCAGUGGGGAGAUCCCAGCCCGCUAUGCCGACCCUACAGAAACUGCCAGGGCCUUUAAAGAAAUAGUGCAGGCUGCCAGGGGCAGAUUUCACUGGUUUGGAGAAGCAGGUAUCUUUGAAAGUGAUGAUAUUACCAGUAUUGUGUCAGAAAUGGAAAAAGCAAAAAGCUACUCCCAAAAGUGUGCAUUCCUGGUGGAAUCCUUAAAGCAGCGUUCAGUAAAUCAGCCUGUUAAUGCAUUGACACCAGAAGGAGGUUCAAAUGCACUUCCAAAGAAGGAGAACAGAAGGCCACAGAAGUUGCCAUCUCCCAAACCCACAGCUCCGAGCCCAGCUAGAAUGGAUGUGAAAGACAACCACGGUGCAGGCAGAAAUACUCCUGUAAGAGUCCUGGCCUGGCGUCCUCCCAGUGCCAAAGCAGAAAUUCCACCAGCACAAACAGUAAAAGAAAGGCCCCAGACUGAGAAUAAAAGAAAGGAUAAACCAAGGAAGCAGCCAGAGUUUUCUCUCUCUGUGUUUUACACUGAUAAAGGAAGAAAUGUGGGGGCAGUAUACCAGAAAUAUCCAAAGACUCUGUGCAUAAGGAAGUCCCUUCCCUCUGUCAUGCUGCCAAAAGAAGAGGAAAUCUGUUCAAGCAAAGAGUGGCUGGCCAAGUACAGUAUAAAAAAGCUUGAACUGGAACUGCCCAGGCUGAUGUUUGGUCCAGGCUGUACCCACCGAAACAAAACUGUGGAGUCCCUGCACAAGAAAGUAUCAGCAAAAUACUGUUCUAUCUUCCCUAGUGCAGAAAUCAAUGGGGUUGUGAAACAUCUGCAGUUCCAACCCAAAGAGCUGGAAAUGUACACGGAUCAGCUGGAGCGAGCGAUGCAGCGCUACAUCCAGAGGAUCCAGUGGCUUCUCUCAGGAAGCCGAAGGUUGUUUGGGACCAUUUUAGAAGCAAAUGUCUGUGUUUUGAUUGACACAUCUGGCUCCACGGACCCACAUCUGCCACAUGUCACAAAAGAACUCACCUCCCUUAUCUGGGAACAGCUGAGAAGAAAUGAGGUCAGGUUUAACCUGCUGAGAUUUGCAGAAGAUACCGAGAAUUGGAAGGAGUGUCUUGUAGAGGCCACUGAUGAAACAUGUCACGAUGCUGUGCAGUGGGUUUCCAAAUUCCAUGCCCAUGGUAACACCUGCAUCCUCCCAGCUUUACAGAAGGCUCUCAGUUUCCAAGGUGUAGAGGCACUGUACCUGUUGACUGAUGGAAAACCAGACACCAGUUGCAGUCUGAUUUUGGAAGAAAUUGAACAAUUGAGAAAGGAACAAGAUAUUAAAAUUCACACCAUUUCUUUUAGCUGUGCAGACAGAGGGGCUAAUGAAUUUCUGAAGAAACUUGCUUCCCAAACAGGAGGGCGCUACCACUGCUGGUUUGGAGGUGAAGAUGGACAAUUAGCAGCACACAGAAUAUUGGCAGAGGGGCUUGAAGAUGAAGAUGAUCCAACUUUCCCUUACUUUGAAGGAGAUGAUUUAAAGAAACUUCUUCAAGAAGUAGCAAAAGCCAGAAGUUUCUUAAAGCAGGCAAAAUCUUGGAGAUUGUUACUUGAAAAAUGGAGUAUGAACCAAAAGGACAAUUCCAGCUUUCAAAAAAGUGCUCAGGUAAAUGGAUCAUAGUUUAAAUUGAGUUCAUGUGUUCAGUAGAAGGGUGAUAUGGGACUGUUGUUACAGUGGUGGGAGGGGCAGCUGGGCCAUCUAAACCUCUCCCAAUCUCCAACCUGCUGCUUUUAACCUGGCACAGUAAAAAUCCCAGGGAAAAGAGAAAGGGCUGGGUGGAAGAACUUCCUCAGUGCUCAACAAAACAGAAGCAUUUCCCACAGAGCCGUUUGAGGGAAAGCAGUGGACACUCAGACAACUGCAGAGAGUUGCACUAGAGAACAUUGGCCUGCCAAGAGAUUCAUCAGGGAAUUGGGUAAUGCAGAGUGAGACUGGUUUUUAAAUCCUUCUUUCUGUGGCUGGAGUUUGUAUUUCCUUUCAAAAACAUUGCCCAGUCAUUCAGAGGGGAAUUAAAAAAAAAAAAACAAACUCCAGUGAGCCCCACUGGCUAAGAAUGCUUGUUCAUGGAGAGUGGAACCUGGAACCUGGCCAGGCAUGUGCAGGAUUCAGCAUUUAAGGGCUGAUCACUCAAGAGAAAUGCUUGGAGAGGAGAUGAAUGUAUAACCAUCCUGUGGUAGCAAGGAAGUUGUUUCAGGCAUGCAGAGAUAAACCUGGUGUUCCACAACCAUCUCAGUCUUUCAGCCUUCCAAGGAAAACUGCAUUGCUUGUACAGUGUAUAGGACAGCAUUCCUGGGAAAGUCCUUCAGAAAGUCCAUAGCCCCAUUAAGCAUGGAAGGAGACUUUCACUUUCAUUUGGAUUGUUUCUCCAUUGCCACUUUGUCAGGGGUGAUGGGGAGCCUGUGCAGUUUAUAUAUUUUGAGUUGUACUUUAAAACCCAUUCAUGUGCUUCACUUGUAGGAUUAAAUUUUAGACGAAAAAAAGAUGCUGCAGAGGUUUGGAGUCAGACCACUAAGCUGCUUCUUUUCAGAGUGUGCUCAAAGCUUCCAGCUGAAAGAGAGAAGAUGAAAUCUUUGUUGUCACAAGUGCUGGCAAGAAAAGUUGCAGAUGACAAGUGCUGCAUUGACUCCCCUUGCAGACUUUGCAGGACCCGAAGUAAAUCAAGCCCUGAACUCUCCAAAGGUUAAGCAUAAGUAGAGGAUCGUUUUCAAUUUCAAAAAUAGAGCUGAUACAAAUUUUAGAAGUGUAUGUAUUUCUAACAUAAUUAGCAGUUAUACAGGGUUACACCUUUUGUUUCUAUUCUACUGCAUCAUAUGAAUAAUUUCUUCAGUGAGUUGUUGGUAUGUCCAAAUUGUCCUUUUUUUGGCAGUUGGUUUGAGAUUUCCUUCCUGGUCUCGUUAUCCCCACCAGAUGAGAGGGAUGGCUGUGAUAUUAGGAAGAGAAUUCUCUAGGCCAGUUUUGCAUAGAAAAUCCAAGCAAUAACUGUAGUGCAGAAAACAAAGCUUGGAAUUCAUGUUUUUGUCAAGAGAAGUUUGCUAAGAAUUGUUUCAACUCUUUGCUUUUUAAGUUGCUGGUACAGGGAUAUUUGGAGUUAAUGACUCAGAAACGAUCAGACAAUGCAAACAAGUAACACAUUGUUGCUGAUACAGCCUGGUUAUGUUUGUAUAACCAGACACUGCAAGUCUUCUAAGCAAUUCUGUUAAGUUCUUAUGUAUUUCCUGUCUGGAAAGAUUAAAAAUAUGUUGCCAGUACCAGCUGAUUUAUGAAAUACAUUUCUUUUUACUGCUAAGCUCAGUAAUGACGGCUCCCUAGUAUUUUGUAGGUGUUUAUUGUUGCCUUUCAGAGGAUUAUAAAUUCCUCUCAAGUGUUCUAAAUAUGUAAUGUAAUAAAAAUGGAUUUAGACUGCAAAACUCAGAUGCUUGAUCUGCAUUUAUUCAGGAGCAAUUGCAUCUCCUGAGUGCCAGCUGAUGGGAUGAGUGGAUUUACUCUGAUAUGGGAGACAGUCUCUUUUCUGUCCCUCCAGUAGUGUCUGUGUGGAACUGCUGAGAUGCUUUGAUAUGAAAAUAUUAGUUGUAAAUUAAUAGGAUUAGUUAAUUCUCUGUUUGGGGUGUAGAAAUAUUAGAUGACAAUCACUGAUAAAAUAAGUGGACUUGUACUAAGAAAUGUUAAAACAGUAAAUCCAGGUAGGAAGGAUGAGUGUUCUGUAUGGCCAAGAAGGGUUUCUUAUGUGUCCCUUGGAGGAUUUGAGAACUGUCACAGUACUGUAGCAGAGAUUCUGAUAUUCUUAUAAAGGUCCUGUCAAAGAACUUAAAAGGACAUAUGCUUGUGCAGGUGUGGUAAAUGAUCUCAGAGGCUCUGUGUGAAGUAAGAGUGUCAUGCACAUGUCCAAUUUCAGUGGGUUCUGUUAAAAUGCAAUUGUCAAACCUCUCAUUUUACAGCCUUUUUUUUCCCCUGUGUAAUACUUGGUGUUCAGAGAUGUUACUCAUUCAAAACAGUUCCAUUUACACAGGCUGAUUGCCAGUGGAUCUGUGCAAUCCUCAGCUGUAACAGCCUACACUCGUACUCAUCACUCAGCUGUUUGUUUUGGCUCGGACUGGUUGUUUCUGUGGGCAGAGCAGAGCACGUGUCUCUGGUUCUCUUGAGCUCUCACACUUAGAGGAGGUGUUAGGAACUCAGGAAUCUUCUCUUUGGUGAGAAUCUGUGUAACAGAAGCUGUAAGAGUCAGAUAUUGCAGUAUUUAGCCACUGCACCCCCUCCAGGUUCACCUCUUUAGUGCUGGUGUUCGGGCUGUGCAGCCCAAGCCUUGUUGUCUCGGAGACUGCUCAGCCCUGCCACCUACUCCCUUCCUUCAAAUACAGACCCUGCCUCCUCCUUAUUGCCCACCUGGAAACUCCCACCCUACCUGUCCCAUCAAUCUGAGGGCUCCUGAGCCAGGCACACAUUUUAAGGAGAUGGUUCAUUUGGGAUGAUCUGAGUAAUGGAGUGCUCUGGGAGUGACUCCGGUGUCGGCCUGUCAGGUUUAUGUCACUUGCUUAUGUCACUUGCUUUCCUGCCUUAUGCUUGCUGGAAUGCAGUUCACUGCACUCAGGACAUAAUAAAGAGGAGUUUUAUAAUUGACCAAGGUGCAUAUUUUUCUGCCAGCUCGUUUGUGAACCGUGUCAUUGCUGUGACUCACUGGAUGUGGUGAUUGGCGUGCAGUGAAUUAAGGACAAAUGGCUAAACCAGUUGCCACCUCAAAGUACGUGUGCUGCCCCCACCAGAGCAGCGCUGUUCUCCCAGCAGGAGUGGGUAACUCCCAUGUGGAACAACCCAUCCACUGCCAUAAUUUACAGUCUCCAGCUCCUGUGCUACACUGAGCUGGGGCACAUGCUCAUGAAACCUUAGUAUGGACUGGCAGUGCAGGAACUCCUUUGUUGUGCUUUAGGGCACAGCAGCUUCCAGAAGAAGGGUGGGACAGCUUGGCACAGUAAAAAAUUCCUCCAUCUAAAUAUGCCUGGAUUUGAGUCAACCCCAGCAGUUGAUUCUGCUCCAAAGGAAGGUAACGGCAGUGAGUGGUGUGCUCUUUGGAAUUCUGUUCAGGAGGAAUUGCUCUGUGCUGAAGAAUUGCAUGUUGCCUGCUGUGAGCACGUAUCUGUAACCACAAAGACUUUAGGCCCCCAAAUACAACUCAGUCACAGGAAUUUUCAUUGAUUGUUUUAAAUUAUCUCAGUCAGAUGUAUUUAGAAUACUUUUCAUUCCAUUGAACCUCAGUCCUCUGAGAAACCAUCUCCAAUAGAUGCAUAGGAGAUGUUUGCUUAUGGAUUAGUUUAAAUAAAUAAAUAAGACAGAGAGAGGAAGAAGGGAAGGCUCAGUUCCAGAAACCUGCCAGUAUCAGAAAACACCCAUUUUCUUCCCUGGCUCUGUUACAAUAAUGAUAAUCUAGGGCUUAGGUAACUACUGAAUGCACUGGUGGAACUACUGUAUGAGGACACUGAUAAUCUCUGACUCAUAUCAUGUGAGACUUCAUCAGUUAGAAUCUUAAAUUCUGCCCAGACUUUGAUAGGUAGUUUAGGCUGGCCUUGUAAACCACAACUUGACAUCCUUUCAGUACCAUGGGCUGCCUCUGUCAUCAUGGCCACAUUUAAUGAGGUGCCAAGGCUCUUUCCAAACAACCAGCAAAUAACAAACCUCAUCUCUUCUAGAGGAUUUCUCCUUUUUUCUUUCCUGCUUGGAAAGUUCUGCAGCUUUUGUUACAAUUUCUGGGUUAAUAACAACAAUAGAGGUGAAUGGAA